UGAUUCGAAUCUUCAGGAUCCGAUUCAUUGAAAUGAGCUAAUAAACCCCUGAUCGAUAUUAAAACGUAGGUUGAUCCCCUACAUAUUAAUGGUGGAGAAUUUUUAGGCACAGCACGAUCUGACUUUUAAGCACAAAAACAUUGUUUAUCUUUUCUAUUUUGUCCGGAAGAAUAGAUCAGAGACAGAGAAACAAAGUUGUUGUGUUACUGUAUGAUUUAUUGUGGUACCCAGUGUGUUGAAACGCACGAAUGCGCAACUCGAGUGCUUUUGAGAAAGCGAACUGCAGUAAAUAGUUAUUUGUCCACGAGACAAAAACGAUACGUCGCUGUAAAGCGCACGGAUUGAGAAACAAUAAGCGUGUUCCUUAUUCUUUCUCCUAUAAGGCCUUCACAGUUGAUUUAAAGGUGCGUGUCCCAGCUUUAAAGACUAACUGUGCAUUUCUCCCUGGUCAAAUUAAGCACAGAGUAGCUAACUGUCUUUUUGCCAUCUAAUUCACUAGCAUCAGAGUUAGUGAACUCAGCGCGCCGCGCUCGAGAGAGCGGCAGAGCGUAUUCUCACGGGAGAACUUAUCUUGAUCAAGUAAAGUGUGCGUGAUUGAAUCCACGCGUGUCUUUGACUGUGAAUAGUCUUGACACAGAGCGCUAGGAUCCGCCGAGAUCUUAAUAGUGCUAUAUUAUGUUGAGCAGUGUGAAAUGCGCCGCCAUUUCAUGUAAUGCAUGUAUGUUUGUGGGCAUAACCGCAUAUUGGUUCAUUCUGUGUACGUCGUCAUAGUAACAGCCUCCCGAAAGUCCUGGAAGACUUUCAGAGUACUCUCAAGUGCGCAUGCGCAGUCCUCCGCGCUUGCAUCGGCUGUAGACAUUAGCACAAGGCUAAGCUAACUGAAGCUCACGCUGUUGCAUUGAAGUGUGUGGUAUGGCUAUGCCAUUAUAGCAUUAAAGGCUAGUGUAGUAGCGCUCUUCUUAUGGUCUUAAAUGCAGUGUGUUAAGUUGAAGUGACAACCUAAUUCACGCUAGCGAGAUUUUGAAUCUUGAUUUCUCACUCUUUAUAGGCUAUUUGCCUUCUUUCUCAUUUUUCCCUCUUUCUUGGAAAAGGCUUUGACUAAUGCAGAUUUAGUAAACCCCAUUGUACGCGAUCUCAUCGCUGGUUUAAUCACAAUUGUCAAAUGCUUUUCCUGUUUAACCUGGCCUGUUUUAUAAAUUCAAAUGCUCAUAAGUUGUUGGUUUAUUAGCAAUGAAUUAUAGUUUAUGACUAUAACAUAAUGCUUUUGAUUGCUCAAUCAAAUUAAUGCUUAAUUAAUGAUUAAUGCUUUUCUCUUCUGAAACUUAUCAACAUUAUAGGAACAACCAUUUUCUAUGACUGUUGAUAUUUGAAGUUGAUUUAUAAGCACAGUGUUUACGUAUUAAUUUAAUUAUAACAUUUAUUGUCCUGGGACUUUACAAACACAAUCACUAUUCUGAAACUUUAAUUUCAUUUAAUAGUUCAUUGAUGCUUGGCUGCCCUAUCUCAAUAACAGUUAUUGAUUAAUUUUAAAUAAACACUUUUGAUCAAAUUUAAUGACAUCAGGAAUACCACGCAUUCCCUAUCAUCAUUGAUUUUGAAAUUGAUUUGUUCUCAUAACUGAUUUGCAGGAAUGCUUGCUGAUUAAUUAAAUCAUAAUUGUGUUUAUGACUUUAAUGACAACCUCACUGAGUGUUAGUCUCAACCAACAUUAUUACUAUUUGAAAAUUUUAGUUUCAUUAAUAGUUAAUUGGUGUUUGGUUUCCCUUUUCUAUUACAAUUAUUGAUUUAUUUAAUUAUAGCAACUCUUAAUCAAGGUUAUUGAUAAAAAUCAUAUUUCUGAAUCAUUUCAUGUCAUUUAUAAUUUGAAUUAGUUUUAAAUUAAUUUGCAAUCAAGUUUUUUUUAUUAUCCUUCAAGUAUUAAAUUGCCUCGCAGGACAGUGCUCCCCCUGGUGUCUGGUUGAUGCAAUGAGACAGUGUUGCCUGUAGGUGGCUACAACUGAACUCAAGUCAUCGUUAAACCUAGCAUACCAGAGCAGUAGCCUUCGAUUAGCCAAACACAUAAGGAAAUAUAGGAUUUUCCUGUCUACUUAGGCUAAUUAGUUGUCUUGAUAACACAAUAAACCAACCCCUUUUGAUGUAUUGACUCAACAGUGCCACCACUUUGUCAACUUUGUAAUUUGAAAACUUGCUUCACUUUCUAUUGUUUCUUUUAACUGUCUUCUUCCGAGUUGACUACUUCUGCCCUUUUGAGAUUGUACCUGUGUGAAUCAUGAAAGCAGAGAAUGUUAGAAACAUUUAACAGAUGUUGUGAAACCUAAACAUUUCGUGUUAAAAUAAUCUGACUCUCUCUACCCUUUCUCGCCAUAGGACGCUACCCAAUCAAGGACGAAACGAGUCAACCAGAAGACCGGUGUUUUCAAAUUUGAUUCUAGAUCCCCAUCCAAAAGUGGUCUACUUGGUGUAUGGUGUCAAUCCUAAUGAGUAAGAAACCAAUCCUGUCAUUGUUAUUGUAUUUUCUUUCACCUCGGAGGAAAGUUAAUAACAAUCACAGUCCUGGUGUUUAGAGCUCCCCAUUUCCAACUUCCAGCCGAGAAGCAUACUUUCACCUAAUGCUUGACAAAAGCUAAAGGAAUUGUUCUCUCUAGGAACCUGGAAGCAGCCAAUUAUCACUCUACUCCUUGUCAGUCCUCUUCUCUUCCUCUGUUCUCUAACUGUGUGUGUUUACUGACUGUCCCCACAGAGACUACAAGUUAGAUGCACGCCCCCUAGAGGAUCACAGUCACAGAGAACAACACCCACUUGUUUAUUCCACACUCAACAGUAGCUCGCACCUGACAUUACACCCUGACACUUUUUGUUUGCCAUUUGUUUUGUUUUCUUUUGUUCUUUUCUCUCUCUCUCUCCCCUAGGUUUGUGUCAGUGUCGGUUAUAGGUCUUCCCCCUCACCGCCGCAAACAUGGCUCACCCUAAAGACCCUGUUGGCCACUGGAAGGACCUAGAAGCAUGGCUAAGUGUUGCAACGGACAGCCUCCUCCCUAAGGCCGCUGAAACGCUACAGCAUCUGACACAGGACCAGCUGGAUGAGAACCUGAACAGCCUUAUGAAGCAAGACCCGAGCAAAAGCUACAAUCACAAAGACCUAGCCAAAAUCACAGGUACUUUGAGUCACGUCCUCAUCGCCACCCUUAAGCUGAGUGACAGGCAUUCCGCCCAGCUCCAGCACAAGCUGACACAUAUGCAGUCCCGCAUCAACCAGCUAGAACUGGAGGCUCAGGAACGACCGGAACAGCCAGAUGAGACUGAUCAAACUGCCAAAGAGGAGAUCGAUAAACUUCAAGAGACUCUUGCCGCCACCACCCAAGAAAUGGAGCAAGCCAAAGCCGACCAGGCUGACGUCGCUAACAAGCUUGAGUAUGUUGAACAGCUACUGGAAGAGGUAAAUGCUGACUCUAAAGACAAGGACAGCAGAAUCAAAGCCCUCGAAACUCACCUGAGUGAAGCUAGACAUGAGGUCAGACAACUAACGCAGCAGCUGGACUACAUCAAAGAAGAGUCCAACAGCAUUAAAGAUGAACUCAAGCAUGCAUAUCAACUGACACACAAUGAGAAAGCUGAGGGGUCACUGCCAAAACCCUCACCAUCUCCUUCUGUUCCAGACAACCACGUAUCACUAUGUGGCCUGGACCUCAGAGACCUUGACAAGCUAGUCAAGAACCUGGGCAAGUUCACGCCGAAUUUGCCAGGUAGCCAAGAUGUUCACGCCUAUCUGCAAGACAUUGACUUUCACCUGGAAAUGAGACCCAAUGUCACUGACAAAGAUAGACUGUAUUUGCUCCGAGCAACCUCCAGCCCUGAAGUGCGCAGCUUCCUGGACCGUCAGCCGGCUCAUACAAAGACUGACUACCUCCUGCUCCGAGAAGCCCUCAUCAGAGAGUUUGAUGACAUCGAGUCUGAACAAGGACUUGUAGCUGCCCUGGAGACGAAACAAGGUCGCCAUGAGUCUUCUCAAGCCUACUACAGCAGACUCAGACGAGCCUACUUCGGCACCCGCAAUGAACCUGAGAUGGAAGAGGACCUGAACUUCAAAAUCCUCUUCCUGAGAAACCUCCAUCCUGGGGUAAGCCACCAUCUUGGGGUUCUUGCAUGCCCCCACACGAUGAACACUCAGCAAUUACGAGAUUUGGCACAUAAAGCCUACGUCAAACAAAAGACGGCUUCAGAGAAGAGUGCCAAAAUCCCUGCUGUUUAUGACUUUAACACUCAAAGUCAAGAUCUGGCCCUUGAGGGUGCCCAAGGCCCAGACAAUGCUAAUCUACCUCCCAGUGAGUGGAAUGUGUCGUCUUACAACAGACAACGAGACUGUCAUGCUGAUACCAGACCCAAACAGUGGAACCGUCGCUGGAAAGGACUGUCUGGACGACAACACUCACCUGAACGUCACCGGGAGAGACCGUGGAACAGGUCUACCUCAUUUGUAAACCAAAGGGGGACAAGCUCGUGGGAAUCAAGUGGUACUUCCAAAGUAAAGCAACAUCACCUUGAUACAACCAGCCCAAGAGGUCAACGAAAGAACUCACAAAGAUUCCACGCUGAUCGAGCUCCAACUGAAUCCCCACAAGGGACAACAUCACCAUGUUUUGACCCUCAAGAACUGAUGAAAAUGAUCCUGAAAGAGUUCUUCCAACGAAGGGAAGCGGAUCGGAAGUGGGAAAGGAAAGGAAAACCUGAUUCUGCCUGACAAGCAACGACCUCACUAAACAGCACCUCUUCACCUCACUUACAAAGAACUGUAAGCACCAUAACUUCAAAGACUCAAAAGACUGUACCUGAACACCAGAGUUAGACGCUAACUCAACACCUGAUGCCUCAGGUCACCACUGCAUCACACAAACACUUGUGGAUGAAACCCUUCCAAUUCCUAAGAGUGCUGUCUUGAUCGUUUGCCACGCAGCUGAACUCAGAAUCAAUCCAAAUCCUACCUGUGCCAUGCCAACUCCAGUCCCUCAACUCCACGUGACCAGAAAGGGGGAGGAACCAACCUGCUGACACAGACCCACUAUCCUAAACUCUUAUUUUAACGCUAACCUGUUUUUGUCAUUUGUGCCAUUUUAGGAAGACACCUAGCCCUAGCUAUGUUUCCUAAACCCACUACAUGCACUCUCCCCUCCACUGCACUACUAGGACCAAUCUCUAGUAGAGAGGAGCUAUUACAUAUGUGACACUUGUUUGUUGUGUUAACCUCACUCAAUGUCCUUAUGUCUCAGUGUUCUUUUCUUUCUCUUUCUCUCCGUCUUUUAAUUUCUCUUGCCUCAUCAGGGAACCCCCACAGAUGAUGUUUAAGUCCAGAGCUCAGAAUUAGGAUUGACUCCUUUCACCAAGCCUCACGGAUCAAUGCCUUAAAGGUGUGAUCGCUGUAUUGGUAAUUUAACGUUGUAGCACCUGUCUGACGACACGUUUUAGGCAAAAAUUCAAAAGAUUCGUUUUCCACAUUUCUUCAUCUUCAAUCCAGAACCGAAAAAGGGAUUGAGGGUAAAGAAUGAAAUUUAUUGGUUUGACUCUCGUCAAAAUAGCAUUGUAGGGUAUACGUUGACUUUGACACUUGCCCUCUUCCUCCACGAGCGAGUAAAGGCCAUCCAAAAGUUGUUCAAAUGUGCACGCCCCACAUCUCGCGCAUGCUUAGAUGCGAUAACGCUGACCAAAAAUUAAAUUCUUUACUGAUUGAGAUAAUGCCUAUACAACUUCGUUGAACCUUCAAUACCUCGGUUAGUCUUAAAAGCCUAAAUUCUGAUCAUACUAAACUAUGCUCUUCUACACCUUGAGCAUUGCUAACCCAAGCACUCCAAAGUUCCUAAACCCUGCACCAAGAUUCAGUUAGUGAUGAUGUUGUUUGUGUCUUGUGUUUGCCUGUUCUCUCUGCUUCUGCCUGUUUGUUCCAGUGCCUGCCAAUGUUCACACCGGGAACAUCGCCAGUCAAAGGGGGAGAUGAAGGAACUCAUCGGCAUAUUGCAGUGGUCAACACAAGUUGAAUCUGAAAUCUUGGGCAUCUCCAAUGGUCUCAUUCAUUGAACUAGCUUGAGGGCUUAUACCAUCAGGAUAACAGAGCGCCAAUUGAUUUCGGGCUCCUCUGACCAGUACUUCUAUGCAGAUGUUCUGGCACCCUUCGGCUAACUAGCCAAUGAUUAAUUAAAUCAGUUAAAUUAAAAAACAAUGGCCCUUACAGGAUCUUCAGCGGAAACCAUUUCACGAGACUUUUAAUUGACUCCUGGUCAUGUGCUCGCCUUGGGCACAUCCUGCUAGAAGCACAAUUUCGUAGAGACAAAGAGAUCUCUAGAAACAUUAAUGUAUAUGAAUAAAAGACAAUCUCUUAAAAUGUUAGAACUAAGGCAGAUGUAUCUUUGAAUAAUAUGCCAUAAUGUUCCUCAUAUGCUGUUUAUUCCAAUCAACUAGGUU